UUCUACUGCCUGUGAUCCAUUUGCUCUGUCUUUGGCACUGUGGGAAUUUUAUUCCCAGCAGGAGUCAGGCAUAAAUGUGUAGCAGAUACUAUUCAGAGAGUAAUUAGUAGCCCAAAUGGCACAGCCUUUGGCUACCCUCUGUCCAAGCAGGGCCUCUGAGUGGUUAGUGCUAGGUGGGCCUUGUGAAAUACCCUGGUUGCAGUGAAACUGUGUGUGGGAAGUGGGAGCUCUUAAGAUUCUGCAACCCAAAGCCACAGGAGCCGGGACUAUUACCCCAUGAACAAAUAGGGCCUGGCAGAUGGGCACAGAGGCAUCUGCUGGGAGGUAGCUGAAGAUUGGCAAGCAGUGUGGCACAGUACAGAGGUUGACAUCCCCAAAUUUAUGCUAUAUAUGGGACCCCAGGCAAAAGCACUUUUCUAACUUCUCUGGACCUCGGUUUCCUCAUAUAUAAGUAAGGACUAUUUGACCUCUGAGGUCCCUACCAGCUCUGAAUCUGGUCUUGUGAGGUCUGCUUUCUGUAAAAAGGCUAGUGGAGUCAGGGAUCAUCCUUACGCUGAACUCCGUCUAAAGCUUACUUCUUCAAAGGCUAUAGUGGUAAACUUUCAAUUUCUACUUCCCUGAAAACCAAGUAGAAUUUGGUCUGGGCCACUGACAUGGUUAUUCUGUGUUAAAAGAAAGGAUCUCAAAGGCAGGGCUUUCUUCCCACAUCCCUUCUCACCUUCAGGAGCCAACCUUCAGUGGAGUAGGAGAGGUGUUUAAGGAAUGAACUCAGGUGUGCAUUCCUUCAUUCAGCUUUCAGGCAAGAUGCCUUUUGCUGACUGAUGUUCCAUUCCCUAACAUAUGGACCUAGGCUUAUGGACUCAGGCUGUCUGGGUCCCUCGGGCCUUGCUGACUGAUUGGACUUUGGGAUUGCCAAAGUGGGUGAGGGAGAGCAAAGUGAUGUGCUGAGUCAGCAUGACUCGCUAAGAACAGCCGCUCUCUGAUGCUGCCAAGUUAUUUUUAAAGCUCCUGGCUUCCUUCUAGGCUGGCCCCUCCCCGAUCUCUUUCCUCCUAAUCUCUACCUCCACUUCUCUUCUUUUCCCUUUAAUCUGUCUUCUCUCACUCCUUCUAUACCCAUCUAACCUUCCUGGCCCCAGCCCCAGUUCCCAAAGGGGAGGAGCAGAGGGCCAGCACAGUUUUAGAGGACCCAAACUGAGAUCUGCUGUGGUGUGGGCACUAUCUCAGGCUUAGGUGUUUUGGAAACUGGACUGGGAGUGAUAAGAGUAACUGUCGUGGCUCCCAGGUUAUGACGACCCCCAGUAAAGGAAAUAAGGCCUUGAAGGUGAAGAGGGAGCCAGGUGAGAAUGGCACCAGCCUGACAGAUGAGGAGCUGGUGACAAUGUCUGUGCGAGAGCUGAACCAGCACCUUCGAGGCCUAUCAAAGGAGGAGAUCAUUCAGCUGAAGCAACGUCGGCGCACACUUAAAAACCGAGGCUAUGCUGCUAGCUGCAGAGUGAAGAGGGUCACCCAGAAGGAAGAGCUGGAGAAACAAAAGGCAGAGCUGCAGCAAGAGGUGGAGAAGCUAGCCUCCGAGAAUGCCAGCAUGAAGCUGGAGCUGGACGCCCUCCGCUCCAAGUAUGAGGCACUACAGAACUUUGCGAGGACGGUGGCUCGGAGCCCCGUGACCCCAGCCCGGGGCCCCAUCACUGCCAGCAUGGGGCCCCUUGUCCCUGGCAAAGUGGCCGCCACCAGUGUCAUCACAAUAGUGAAGUCGAAAACGGACGCCCGGUCGUAGUGACACGUGUGUGUAUGCUUCCCCGGCGGCGGGUAUAUGUGGGGUGGUUAGGCACGAGGCAGUUUCAACAGCCCUGUCCCCACCUCUCUUCCUUCUUCUCUUCUCCCACCUCUUCCCUGCAAAGCACAACCUCCCACCCCGGGGGUGCCGGGCUGAGCCCCCUUUGAUUUCAUCAUUAUCGUCAUGUGUCUCGUGCGUUGGGAUUGGUCGGUGCGGCGGUGACAUGGGGUGGCCCCCUUCCUUCCUCUGGGUACCAAGGCCGUGUGGACAUGGAGUCCCAAUGUGCCCCCCGUUGGCAUAGAGAGAGUGUGCUAGGACGCCUUUGUUUCUGGGGAGGGGAGGUUCCGGUUUGAGAGGAGGGGAUCUAUCCCUUCUUGAGCCCCAGGUUGCCUCCCAGACCUCAGAUUGCUGUCCUUAGCACCCCUAGUGUCAGGAGCUAGGAUCCACCUUGGGAAUUGUUUUGUCUGGAGUGGUUUGUUAUAGCUCAGCAGCGUGGGGACAGACGGGCCUUGUUCUAAUGGGGAAAGUGCAGAAUGUCCUCGUGAGACGGGGAGAGUGAAGUGGUGCCUCCCUGGUUGGUGGGGAAGGUGAUGGGAGGUACUGGGGGGAGGACGGGGUGUCAUGUGGUGGCUGUGAGUCAAUAGCCACAGCUUUUGUGCCUGACCCGUUGCACUGAACAAGACCGAAAUCACUAGUUGUGAGCAUAUGUGAAGGGCGUGUACAGUGUGUCUUAGCAAUGGGUCCUGUGUCACUGUUUACACAACCUAUUUGUGUGGUUAAAUGGUCCUUUAUUGAAAAGAGAAAAGUUCCUUUGAAGAAGCUAUUAAAUUAUAUAAGUUUAAAGACUAAAGAAGAAAAAGCUGCAGAGUAUUUAUAAAACUGUCUUUUUAAAAACACAGAGUAGGAGGAGUAUCUGACCAUAGAAAUGGAAAAGGUUAAAAAAAAAGUAUCCUAGAAACUUUGUUAAUUUAAAAAAGAGAGAGGAACUUGGGGAAAAAUCCUUUGUUGUAAAUCCUUUCUUUGGACAAUUCUCUGUGGCUGUUGGAGUUUAGUUUUUAUAAACACAGAGUUAUCAGACAUUAUUUAUAAAACUUAGUUUAAAAAAAAAAAAGAAAAAAAAGCCUAAUCACAAAACCGACCAGAAGGCGAGUCCUAAUGUUCUUUGAUAUCUCUUUUGCAAUUGUACCAAAAGUGACUUACUCUUUUGCCCUUUCUGCUUCCGACUCUUUGCCGGUGGCCGUGGUGUCGUCCGUGCCUGGUGAGGUCUUGUGUGACGGUAGCGUGCUGGUGCUUCUGGUGACCUUUGACGUGUGGGUGUCGCUCUUGUGUCUGUUCUUUCUGUGUUUGUUUUUUGGAUCUGUUUUUGCUUUUGGCUUUUUUCUGGAUUCCCAGCACAGGCUGUCCAGAGCUUCUAGUGCAGCACUUAUAUGAAGGAUGCAGGAUCUGUGCUUCCCCAGUCUCCCCUCCUUCUGCCUUCUUCUCUUCCUAAUCCAUCCUGAAUCCCCUGUUGGCAGAACACCAAAGGCCGGAAUGAAUACUCUCUAGGGUUGGCAAGGAUUUGGCUUUGGUUUUGGAUAGAAUGUAUCAUGUUGAUGAGAUGUAGGGCUGGACCAUUCUCAUCACUCAUGAAUGGACACCUUGGCUUUUUUCCUCUAUGCCUUGGUCUUCUGAUGGUCCAUGGCAGAAGAGAUGACUUCAGGGGCUGUCUGCGCAGACAGUCAUCCUUGCAGCUUCCACAUUCUCCUCCCUGUAUCCUGGGGUGGUAGCCUUUCAGGGACCAAGGAGUUGCCAUAGGUCUGAAUUUGGGGUAUAGAUUAACUGUCCUUCCUAACUGUCUUCCUCAUUAUUUCCCUGACAUGAUGAAAGCUGUAAUUGGUAUCCAGUCUGGCCACUACUUUGUUCCUAGACUUCAGAUGAAGGGGCUAAACAUGAUGCUUGAGGCUGAAGCCCUCUGGCCAGACAUCUGUCAGAACUUGAAUCUGGGGCAGGAAAUUAUCCCAUAUUUAUCCCAGAAUGGGAUCAGUGAUGAUGAGGUUCCAUAAAGGGUAUUUGUAUAUAUUCCCUCCAGUUCUGUGGUGUGGAGGUAUGUAAAACAACCCAUUUCCUCAUUUCUGCCUUUUUUUGGGUGGCCUGGUGAGAAGUCUCACCUGAUGCAAAACAAUCAUUAGUGCUCUGUCUGGUUCCUUCUUCCAUCCACUCCCCUCGACCUGUACCACCACCCUCAAACAUCUUGGCAGCUUUUUGACCUGAAUCCUUCCUCUUCGCCUUUUUUGGUCUUUGUGUCUUCCAGAGAUUGGCCACUCUACUUUCAGAGCAUUCUCCCUCUUGGAAUUGAGCCAAAUACCCUGUCUUGGCCUCACCAACAGAGCUAGCUGGUCUACCUAUCUUGGCCCAGCAAGCUUUUGUUGGUGAUAUGUCCAAAAGGGACAAGUCUGGAUAGGGGGUCUGAGCAGUACCUGGAUUGCCCAGCCAAAUAAAUGCCCACUUUGAAGGAGGGCAGUUAGCCCUAACUGGCAAUACUGGCAUCGUCUACUUCUUCCCAUUGGGUUGUUUCAGUACUACAGACUAAACCAGACCCCUGGGUUCUCUCCAGAAUGUACAGGGUAAGGGAAGAACCAGUAAAAGAAAAUGCAGAGCCUCUCACCUUAAUGGCUAUUUAAACUAAAUUCGGGGUGAAAGGUGUUUCUUGCUGAAGGCGUUAUAUUUACAUAAAGGUGUGGCUAAAUUAUUCCUUGAGAUGGAGGAAGGAUUUUUUUUUGGGGGGGGGUUACCUCUUGCAGGGAAGGAAGGGUUGAAUUACCCCUCCUGACUAUGUUUACUCAGAAACUUGCACAUUAUAAGCUGGGCCAGGGACAAAUUCACCAGCUUUGAUCCAAGUAACUUCUAAGUGAACCUGUGAUGAUCUGCUUUCUUCCACACUAUUGAACAGCUCACAUGGGCUGUCAGCAGGGUCAAAGAAUGACUUAAGGUACCCAAAAGAGAGUUUUUGGUCUAGGGUAGACCUUGGAGAGACAAGGGAGGAAAAUCGUAUAGGCUCACAGAUUUAGAAUUGGAUAGGACCUCAGGUCAUCAUAUCCAACCCCCUCAUUUUGCAGAUGAGGAAACUGAGGCCCAGAGAGGUUAAAUAACUUACCCAUGGUCACAUAGCUAGUAAGUGCCUGAGGCAGGAUUUAAACCCAAGUCUUCCUGACUCUGGGUCUAGCAUUCCUUCUGUAACAUCAUGCCAGAGCAGGGCAGGGACUGACCCUUUUUUUUUUUAAGUGUCAUUGCCAGUUUUAUCCUUAGGGCUGUACCUGAGUAGUUCUCUGAACCUCUCAGCUUGGGCACUGAGGAGAAGGACCUUAUGAGGCAGGGAGAAAGAUGUAUGCAGAACCAGGGAGUGACGUCUAUAAGACUGUGGAUUUUUAAUUCCCAUUGAGGGGGAGAAGAGGCUUGUUCUGCAUGUUCGAGCCCGAACCAGAGUACUUGUCUCCUGUCUAGUGCUGCUGUUUCUGGAGUUGUGACAUAUCAAGAUAUUCAUGCUUCCUUUCUUUUGACACAUUUGGGGAAAUGCUUUCCUCAGAUUGAGGGGAGUUUGUCCACUCCCAUCCCAGCCAGACCUGAGGGGUCACCCUGUUUUCAUGGGUGCUUCUUGUCCUUCACCUUGGUUUCUCUAGAAUAGAUACUGUGUCCACGUGUGGGUGUUUUGUGUUUUCCUGGUCCUCAUUUGUUCAAGUUUCCUGCUGUGAGGGUGUUGUGUUCCUUUUCUUUCUCCUUUGAAUUUUCUUGAUAAUGAAUCAAGGGCUUCAUCUGGGGCCAAUUCUUCCAAACUCACCUGCAAAGUAAUACCGUGAUGUGUAUUUCUCCCGUCCUCCUAACCCUGCUCUAAACCCCUCUCAACCCACUUCAGGGGGCUCACAGCAAGCCUCUGAAUUAAUCUGUGGGAUGAAGAAUAGGUUCACUCUUGAAUGAGGGACCCUAGCUCCAGAACAGAUACACUCCAAGGGCCACUGGCUGCUGCUAUUCCAGGGGAUGUGUUGUCAUUUGUGUAGAAAUGUAACCUAUAUGUGUGGUGUGUGGUACCUUCCUGGAGUCUUAGAUUCUUACCAUUCCCCCGCCUCCAAAUGUAUUGUGUCGACAGUCUGUUUCUCAGUUUAGCUAUUAUUACUAUUAUUAUUCAUGAUUCAGCAAUGUCUGUCAGUAGUUUGCUUAAGUUUUCCUAGUGCUUGGCUCUAUGGCUUUUGUUGGCCACAGACUGCCAUGGGAGGUAAGAUCAUGUUGGAUAGCUCCUCUGUGACAGCUGGGGAUGGUCAAAGCUCCCUUUCCACAGGCUGGGGAGCAUGAGGCCUCAGCCUGCAGCACAGUUUCCGCACUGGGACUUUGUGAGUUACUUUUUUAGACUGUGGUUUGUUGGAAGGAACUGACACAUUAACGAUUUUUCUCCCCAGAAGCCACCGAGUAAUAGUUUAUGGCUCUUUCUUCCUUUCCUGUCAGUUUCCAGUGGCUUGGGAGUAAGUCGAUGGAGAUUACUAAGGGCACAGCUGAGACCCAGAAGAGAUGGGUCCAGAGAAAAGCCCAGAGUGGGAAGGUGAGGCUGGGCUAUGCACUAGAGUCAGCUUUCCACUCGUCCCUUGUUUGUCUGCCUGUGCCUGGGUGUGUGCUCAUUUGUAUUUGCCAGUAUCUGAAUCCCCAUCCCAUCUUUGCAGCAGCCAUAGCCACCCAAAACCCUAGGAGAUCAAGUUGGGUUGGUCGGGAAUGGUGGGAAGGGGAGGGAGGGGUCCAUGAGUCCUCAAUGAAGCCUUUUCCCACGGUGGGUGCUUCCCAUCUUGGGUGCUGUGAUCCCUGUUUGGCACAUUAGAGGGGACUUUGCCCCACAGCAUCACCUCUUCCUCCCGUCCCCUCAGUGGGCCCUGCUCUUAAGCCUUCACCAAAUGGGAAUGGGGGCAGAGCAGCAUCCUGAGCACUUCCAGCGGCGAGACAAAGGCUGCCCCUGGUACGCCUGGUUCUGCUGCUUCCUUGCGUUUGGCCUUGAGUGGGUUGGGGUUGGGGUGAGAGGAGGUAGCCUUGAGCAAGGGCUUCUGCCUGGGGCUGAAGCCACUAGGAACGGAUGUAGGCGAGCCACCUUGGAAUAUGCUUUGGGGUUUUUUACAGAUUUGAACCGAGCAAGGCUGGGGUCUGGGUGCGGGUUGGGGGAGUCCGGGGCAGCCAGGGUCGACCUCUGGGUGCCUCCUCCCCCAGCCCAGCUCAGUAUUUAUUGCUAAAUUAUUGUCCAGGCGGGGCGGCAUGGGGCCGGGUCCCCCGGGUAUUUAUUGCUGUAUAUAUUGUAUGUUUGUGAUAUAUAAGGUUUUCUUUAUUUUGUAUAUGAUCAAUAAAAACCUUUUAAAGAGA